UUCUCAACCCGGGUGGAAGCUGGUGGAUGUGGGCCAUCCGCUCGCUGCUGCGGUCUGCGGCAGGGCGCGCCAUGUCGCAGGGAGCCGCCCGCCGCCAGCGGCCACCCAAAGACCCGCUGCGACACCUGCGCACGCGGGAGAAGCGUGGCCCGUCAUGGGAGCCCGGGGGCCCAAACACCGUGUACAUGCAGGUGGUGGCGGCCGGCGGCCGGGACUCGGGCGCGGCGCUCUACGUCUUCUCUGAGUACAACCGGUAUCUCUUCAACUGUGGAGAAGGCGUCCAGCGACUCAUGCAGGAGCACAAGCUGAAGGUGGCUCGUUUGGACAACAUCUUCCUAACCCGAAUGCAUUGGUGUAACGUUGGGGGGCUGUGCGGAAUGAUUCUAACUUUAAAGGAAACCGGGCUUCCAAAGUGUGUACUUUCUGGACCUCCCCAACUGGAAAAAUUCUUAGAAGCUAUCAAGAUAUUUUCAGGUCCAUUGAAAGGAAUAGACCUGGCUGUGCGGCCUCACUCUGCACCAGAAUAUAAAGAUGAGACCAUGACGGUUUUCCAGAUCCCCAUAUACAGUGAACAGAGAUGUGAAGGGCACCAGGUGUCACAGACUCCAGAAAGACUCAGUCCACAGCAGUCCUCCAACUCUGGGUCAGCUGAAAAUGAGCAGCAGCUUCCAGAUGGUAAUGGUGUUCCCCACAGAACAGGUGGCAGGGACCCCUCCUUGGUGGUGUCGUUCAUCUGUAAGCUUCACUUGAAGAAAGGAAACUUCUUGGUGCUCAAAGCAAAGGAGCUGGGCCUCCCGGUAGGGACAGCUGCCAUUGCGCCCAUCAUCGCUGCUGUCAAGGAUGGGAAAAGUGUCACUUAUGAAGGAAGAGAGAUUUUGCCUGAAGAGAUCUGUACUCCCCCGGAUCCUGGUCUUGCUUUUAUUGUGGUAGAAUGUCCAGACGAAGGAUUCAUUCAACCCAUCUGCGAGAAUGCUACGUUCAAAAGGUACCAAGGGAAUGCCGAUGCCCCCCUGGCCCUGGUGGUCCACAUGGCCCCAGAGAGCGUGCUUGUGGAUAGCAGGUACCAGCAGUGGAUGGAGAGGUUUGGGCCUGACACGCAGCACCUGAUCCUGAAUGAGAAUUGCGCAUCAGUUCACAACCUCCGCAGCCACAAGAUUCAAGCACAGCUCAACCUCAUCCACCCGGACAUCUUUCCCCCACUGGCCAGUUUCCACUCUAAGGAAGCAGGUGCCGCAUUUAGUGUGCCCACAGUUCGGGGUGAAUGCCUCCUCAAGUAUCAGCUCCGUCCCCGGAGGGAAUGGCAGAGGGAUGCCAUUGUUACUUGCAAUCCUGAUGAAUUUGUAGCAGAGGCCCUGGAGCUCCCCAAUUUCCAGGAAAGCGUGCAGGAAUGUCGGAAGGCUGCCCAGGAUGGUCCUGUCCCGGCAGAGACAAGAAGCCAGUAUCCAGAAAUCAUCUUCCUGGGAACAGGGUCUGCCAUCCCAAUGAAGAUCCGGAACGUCAGCUCCACACUUGUCAACAUAAGCUCCGACAAGUCCCUGCUCUUGGACUGUGGCGAAGGCACCUUUGGGCAGCUAUGCCGUCACUACGGAGACGAAGUGGACAGGGUUCUGGGCAGCCUCGCCGCUGUGUUUGUGUCCCACCUACAUGCAGACCACCACACGGGCUUGGUAAAUAUCUUGCUGCAGAGAGAACGUGCUUUGGCAUCACUGGGCAAGCCAUUCCACCCUUUGCUGGUGGUUGCCCCAACCCAGCUGAAGGCCUGGCUCCAGCAGUACCACAACCAGUGCCAGCAGAUCCUGCAACACGUCAGUAUGAUACCUGCUAAAUGCCUUCAGAAAGGAGCAGAGGUCUCUAACCCUGCAAUUGAAAGCUUGAUUAAUUUGCUGCUGGGAACCUGUGAUUUGAAAGAGUUUCAGACCUGCCUGGUCCGGCACUGUAAGCAUGCCUUUGGCUGUGCGCUCGUCCACACAUCCGGCUGGAAAGUGGUCUAUUCCGGAGAUACCAUGCCCUGUGAGGCUCUGGUCCAGAUGGGGAAAGAUGCCACCCUUCUGAUCCAUGAGGCCACGUUGGAAGAUGGCCUGGAAGAGGAAGCCGUGGAAAAGACACACAGCACUACCUCCCAAGCGAUUGGCGUGGGGAUGCGGAUGAAUGCGGAGUUCAUCAUGCUGAACCACUUCAGUCAACGCUAUGCCAAGAUCCCCCUCUUCAGCCCUGACUUCAAUGAGAAAGUUGGAAUUGCCUUUGACCAUAUGAAGGUCUGCUUCAGUGACUUCCCAACAGUGCCCAAGCUGACUGCCCCACUGAAAGCCCUGUUUGCCGGCGAUAUCGAGGAGAUGGAGGAGCGCAGAGAGAAACGGGAACUGCGGCUGGUGCGGGAGGCCCUGCUUUCCAGGGAGCAGGCUCGCAGCCAUGAGGACAGUGAGCCCCAGCAAAAACAGGCACACGUGGAGGAGCCUCGGAGUCCACAGUGCAAGAAGCUCAGGGCAAAGUGAGGACCUGGAGGGACCCUGAACUCAAGACUCACAUCCGCCCGCACACAGGCAGCGUGUGGAUUCUCCUUGCCUGGCGGGAGUCCGAGUGCACUUCAACAGGCAGGCACUCAGGAGCAGGUGAGGGGGAGCUGGGCCUCAACUUGGGUCCUGGGUACUACUAGCAUGCUCGAGGCCUCCUAUAACUGGUAUUUGGCAAAGCCAGGGGCAAGAGGCUACCCCAGUGGAAGCAAGCGGAGACAGCCAUGAUUCAGUGUGAAGUCAAUUCUUAAAGAAGUCAUAUGGAAAAACUGGCAGCUCCUACACCUACUCCAGCCAAGUGAUUCCCUCUGCACGCCAGUGACAAGCCAUGUCCGGGAAUCUUGGGUGUGGUACAUGAACUCUUCAAGUAUCCAAGACUCAAGGAAUAGUAAUUCCAAAGAAACAGAAUGCAAUAAAGAUUCCAUUUGGAACCUG